AUGAUCUCUCACGAGUCUCACGACGGAAUGGCUGAUCGACAAGAACAGAAAGACAGCAGUCCGCACGAGGCUCUGUGCCGGCUGAGUAUUUCAGCCGCACGACAGAUUGCGUCUGAUUGCAGCGGGACGGGAGAAGGGGAUGCUAGGCUGCGUGAGUGCGGCGCGCCGUUGGUGCAGCUGCUAGGUCGACAGGCUCAGCAGGUCUUGAGGUUCGCAGAGGGGAGGACAGAAGAGGACGAUGUCAAGGCGAUGGGGCUGGUCUCGCGGCGGCUGGCCGACCUGGUGGCCGUGGCGCACGGGCGCUUCUAUGCCUUUGUGCCGAGCGACGUUCCGGCCUGCUGGCGACAGCUCUACACAGACGCGAGCAUCCUGCAGUUUGCGCAGCGAUGGUCGCAGCUGGCGCGGGACGCAGACGCAGACGCAGACGCGACCAUCGGCUCCAGUCUGGAUCGUCUGGUGCGGCCUCUGGACAUGGCGCUGAUCCUGGCAGGCGGAGCCGGGCCGCGUGGUCGAGGUCGAGGCUGGAUCCACGCGGCCCUGGACGCACUUCAAGGCGUGUGGGAGGCGGGGGAGGGAAGAAGCCAAACCCGAGACUGGACUGCGUGUCCGACCUUUGCUGGUCCGGCCGUGUCUGUCCCGCCGGUCAGCCGGCCGGUAGAGCGUCGGGGCCGGCUCGGGCUCGCGGGCUUUCAGGCGUAUGUGGACGGCAGUCGCCGUCGCAGCGAGGGACCACAGCCAUUGGUUAUGACCGGCCUGACAGACCACUGGCCGGCACGCCGACCGGUCGACGGCCGGCCCUGGACGGUGCCGGCAUAUCUGCGAUGGCGCACGUUGAACGGCCGGCGACUGGUGCCGGUCGAGAUCGGCCGCAGCUACGUGGACGCGGGCUGGCGACAGGCUGUGGUGCCGCUGGCAGACGUCCUGACAGGGCUCUGCUCUCCAGAGAGAGACGCCGACGACGCCGGCCCUGUGUAUCUGGCCCAGCACGCACUCUUUACCCAGAUGCCGCGGCUGCGCGACGACAUCUGCGUGGUCGGUCGCAAAUACGUGCGGCUGUACGGACCGGCACAGACAGCCGCGCUGCGGCCGCGCGGCUGCGAAGGCGGCGUCGAUAUGGGCAAUACCAGCAGCCUGGACAUCCCCUAUGUCGACUGCAUCCUCGAGCCUGGCGACACGCUGUACAUUCCGCGCGGCUGGUGGCACUACGUGCGCGGACUGACCGUCAGCUUCAGUGUCAGCUUCUGGUGGGACUGA